ACAGGCUGUGAGUAGCAGUAUUCGAUAUAUGUCAUUUGCAGCAAAAACAAAAGAAAAGACAAGAAAAAAAACAAUGCAAUACGAUUACAGUAAGAACAAAGAAGAGCAUCCUGACCCUAUAAAGGCAGAAAUCAAAGGCACUCUCCCUGACUGGCUGCAGGGGACGCUGCUGCGCAAUGGACCGGGCAUGUUCUCUGUGGGAGACACCACUUACAGCCACUGGUUCGAUGGGAUGGCUCUGAUGCACAGCUUUACUUUUAAAAAUGGGGAUGUGACUUACAGAAGCAAAUACCUUCGUGGAGACACCUAUAAAGCGAACACGGAAGCCAAAAGAAUUGUGAUAUCUGAAAUGGGUACCAUGGCCUAUCCAGAUCCGUGCAAAAAUAUUUUGACCAAAGUGAUCACCUUCCUCAACCACACUAUCCCAGACUUCACAGACAACUGCGGGAACAAUAUUAUUAGAUAUGGAGACGAUUACUAUGCCACAUCUGAGACUAACUAUAUCCGCAAAAUUGAUCCGGUGACCCUGGAAACGCAGGACAAGGUGGACUACCUGAAAUACCUGGCUGUAAACCUGGUGACAUCACACCCACAUUAUGAUAAAGCAGGAAACACCUACAAUAUGGGGACAUCAAUAGCAGAGAAGGGAAAGACAAAGUAUGUGGUAUUCAAGGUCCCACCCUCUGCACAGGACAGCUCCAAGGCAACUCCGGCCCUAAAGAAUCUGGAAGUUAUAUGCACCAUGCCCUGCCGAUCCCUCCUCUCUCCCAGCUACUACCACAGCUUCGGCAUGACCGACAACUACAUCAUCUUCAUCGAGCAGCCCUUCAAACUCGACAUCCUGAAGAUGGCCACCGCAUACCUGAGAGGAGUCAACUGGGCCAGCUGCCUCAAGUUCCAUCCUGAAGAAAAUACCCUGAUUCACGUGAUCGACAGGAAGACCGGUAAGGAGGUGGCGUCGAAAUUCUUCACUGGUGCAAUGGUGGUGUACCAUCACGUCAACGCCUAUGAGGAGGACGACCAUGUGGUGGUUGACGUCAUUGCGUACGAUGACAACAGCCUCUAUAACAUGUUCUACCUGAGCAGCCUGCAGGAAGAUUCUGAGGAGAAGAGAAAAUCCUACUCCAAGCCAAAGUGCAAGAGAUUUGUCCUACCUCUGCAGACUGACAAGGCCGAGGUUGGAGAAAAUCUAGUGAGGUUAAAAUUCACAACAGCCAAUGCUGUGAAGGAGAAAGAUGGCAAACUGCUUUGCGAGCCAGAAGUUCUUUGUGAAGGGGUGGAACUACCCAGGAUUAACUAUGACUUUAAUGGGAGGAAGUACAGAUAUGUCUACUGGACCCAUGCAGAGAUGUCAGCAGUUGCUACAAAGAUAAUGAAGUUUGAUAUUGAAACAAAGAAGACUAUUGAAUGGACAGAAGAGAACUGCUACCCAUCUGAACCAGUCUUCAUUGGCAACCCCAAUGCAAUAGAGGAGGAUGACGGUGUGAUUUUGACUGCGGUCAUCUCUCUGGAGGCGCAGAAACCUGACUUCAUGCUGGUGCUGGAUGCCCGGUCGUUCACGGAGAUCGCCCGUGCCAAUGUGGAUGCAGAGCUUCAUAUGGACAUGCACGGACACUUCAUCCCCCAGCGCAGUUAGGCACUCAGGCCCCACGGGCAUCUCUGUAGUCCACUAAAGCAUCAGGACCUUGUAACAAGUUAAAUGGGCUUGGUAAAAACAAUGAACAAGACGUGUAUAUGAGUCUCCUCUUACUCUCCAUCAGGGCAGUGGUGCUGGCUGUGUAUCGUAAAAUGUACAGUAAAAAGAAAUGGAA